AUGCGGUCUGCGACUAAGUUUGAGUGGGCCAGGCAGCAUCCUCAAGAAUCCGUGGCCGUGAGGCAAGCAGCUGCAACUUUUAAAUCCUUCUCUGGUGUCACCAAUAAGAUCAAACUUGCAUAUAUGAUGCUCACCCUCCCUGUCUGGCAGAGCUUGAACAUCGCCGUAAACUACUUCUCAACCAAAUACACAAAUCAUUCUGCUAAUGAGUUUGAGUACAAAGAUGAUUGUGAUCACUUGGAUGAAUAUGACCAAGUCAGUGAUACAUGUGAAACUGUUCCAGAAACUGUUCCAGAAACUGUUCCAAAUGAAGUGGUUAUUGUUUCAGCAGAUAAUUUGCAUAGCAUUAUUCAUGAGGCUUGUCAUAAACAAUCUGAACACAUUGAAGAAUAUGGGCGAAGAAAACCAGGGGAGUCAUCCAAUCUUGGAGUAGAUAUGAGCAUUGCUGGGAGGGAGUCUUUGAGGGGCAUGCGGUUUACAUAUGCUGUGGAAGCUGAUGAAGAUCUACAACCAUGGGUAAAAGAGAAACUAUCGACUCCUGACGAGGAAUAUGAAAAGCUAGGGGACACUUGCACUUUUGGAGUAUAUCACAGGCAGCCAUUUGAUGUCAUUUGUUCACCAGUACGGACAUCUUCCUCAGUUGUUACUAACCUUUCUAACGAACAGACAGCUGAAGGAACCAAUAUAAGCAUUAUUGACAAGGAAUUUCGGAUUCAGAAGCAAUUUUCAGCUUUUGUAGCAGCCAAUGGACCCCAUCUCCCAGCUAUAGAAUCAGGCCAUGCACCAAGAAAAGAAGAUUUUCCAAGUUCUUUCUUGAAAUUAAAGAUCUCACUGAAAGGCUAACAGCAAACAGGGCCUUCACAAACAAAUUAUGGAAUGCUGGCAAGUUUGAGCUCCAGGUUCUGCCUAAUCGGGAUAAUGCUGGCAAGUUUGAGCUCCAGGUUCUGCCUAAUCGGGAUAAUGUUUCUGGUUGGCAGAAUAUAGAGGCCUUUUAACACGGAGGGGUAUCUUCUAAGGCUUCCUCUUCCAGAAUGUUGGGUGGUAAGAAAAAAAUACUGUGCUUGUUUCGCCACCAUCUAUUUAUUUGUAUAGUUGAGCCAAGUUACCUCCGUUCAUACAUACCCUGAUUAUUCUUUUUCUGAAUGCUACAGAGAAUUUACUUGAGUACUGUUGUUCAUU